AAGCUGUUCGUGCCUCGUGAUGGGGACGGGUUCCCCAGCAUUGAUAAAUGUCCCAUGAUCCGCUUUGGUACUAUUCUUGUGCUCCAUUGUGGGAUAUCGGAACCAAGCUGGAAUCCCCGUAUCUUCUCUUCUUCCGUCAGUUACAGGCUGUUUGUACCCGUUUUCCAGUAGCCCCAAAGCCUUUGCAAGAAUGGCCACCACACUCCCUCACCUGGCCGAAUGGGUCCAGGCGCAGGAGCUCCAGGGCCCGCGCAUGAAGGACGCGCCCAUCUUCCAGCGCAACCUCGAGGAGACGCUCGACCUGCGGCGGACGGAGCACAGCCUCAUCACGCUCCGCAAGCGGCAGAACCAGGUCGACCUCUCGUCCAACGACUUCAUCUCCCUGGCCGCGAGCGGCAUGCUGCGGACCGCCUUCUUCGAGGAGCUGGCGCGCCACCCGGGCUUCAAGCUCGGCAGCACCGGCUCCCGCCUGCUCGACGGCAACAACGAAUACAUCGAGCUCAUCGAGCGCGAGAUCGCCGCCUUCCACGGCGCCGAGUCGGCCCUGGUUGUCAACUCGGGCUUCGAGGGCAACUGCGCCAUCUUUUCGACCAUCCCCCGGCCCGGCGACGCCAUCGUCUACGACGAGCUCGUCCACGCCAGCGUCCACGAGGGCAUGGCGCGUAGCAGCGCUCUCUGCCGGGCCUCAUUCCGCCACAACGAUGUGGACUCGUUCCGUGACACCCUUGAGACCGUCCGCGACUCGCAGCCUCUGAUCGAGCGCGGCCAGCGCUGCAUCAUCAUCGCCGUCGAGACGAUUUACAGCAUGGACGGCGACGUGUGCCCCCUCACCGAGCUGGUCGAUGUUGUCAAGGAGCUCUUCCCAAAGGGCAACGCCCAGUUCAUCGUCGACGAGGCCCACAGCACAGGCAUCGUCGGCGACAAGGGCGUCGGCCUCGUCGGCAUGCUCGGGCUGCAAGACGACAUCGCCAUCCGGCUGCACACCUUUUCCAAAGCGCUGGCUUGCUCGGGCGCCGUCAUCUUGUCGAACAAGACGGUCCGCAGCAUGAUGGUCAACCACGCGCGGCCGCUCUUCUUCACCGCGGCGCCGUCCUUCCCGACGCUCGCGGCCAUCCGCUCCGGCUACGACCUCCUGAAGAGCGGCAAGACGGGGCCGGCCCAGCAGCGCCUGCAGGACCUCCUCAAGCUCUUCUUUCGCACCAUCACCGGCCACCCGGCGUGGCGGCCCGCCAACGAGGCCGGCGUGCUCCGCGUGCCGCUGGCUGACGACUGGGAGGCGCAGCCGUUCCAGACGCAGAUCGUGCCCGUCUUGACCGAGGCGCGCCACAACUACUUCCUGUCGCUGCACCUGCAGCUUCAAAACUACUUCGCCUUCCCCAUCGACCCGCCCGUGGUGCCCAAGGGCGCCAGCCGCGUGCGGCUCGUGUUCAAGGCCACCAACACGGAGGAGGAGGUCGCGGGCGUCGCGAACGCAAUCUGCGAGUGGGCACAGGAGAUGCUGGACAUUAAGAAGAGUGGCAACGCCGGCCAGCUCCCCAAGGGCGCCCGCACCGUGUUCGCCUUCGUCGCCGACACCGCCGGAACCAACGGCACGAACGGUCACGCGUGAAGUAGUAGCUGGAGAGGGCGUAAUCCGUUUUUAAACCUGUCGUCCCCAGGGGUUAUGUUUGAUAGAGCUGUGUCUAUCUUGAAUAGACGCAUGCGUCCUUGAAAGUUCUUUAACUCUCCGCGAGCAUACAUUAGAAACUGAACUCGUUGCUGUUAUUGCGACUGAUUACGCAGAUUUUACAUACUAUGUGCAUGGUCGCUGACGACCCAAGUAACCAA